AUGAUCACCGGCCCGACCACAUCCCCCGGCAAUGGCGUCGUCGGGGGCUACACCGGCCACAGUAUGGCCCUCCGCAUCGCCAUUGCCACCCUGGCCGCCAUCAGCUGGUACAACGCCGUGGAGCUGGUCAUCCUCGUGUUCGUGACCUUCGCCCAGUUCCGGGGCCCCUACUUCUGGUCGCUGCUGAUCUCCUCGCUGGGGCUGAUCCCCUACUCGACCGGCUUCCUCCUCAAAUACUUCGACCUGGCGCCCGCCGCCCUGUCGGUGACGCUCAUCACCAUCGGGUGGUACACGAUGGUGACGGGCCAGUCGGUGGUGCUGUACUCGCGGCUGCACCUGGUGCUGCCCAACGCGCGCAUCCUGCGCCAGGUGCGGUACAUGAUCACGAUCGACGCGUGCCUGCUGCACCUGCCGACGACGGUGCUGACGUACGGGUCGAACCUGGCGCCGCGCAAGGCCGCCUUCAUCGCCGGCUACAACAUCAUGGAGAAGAUCCAGAUGACCUGCUUCUGCCUGCAGGAGUUCAUCCUGUCCGCGCUCUACAUCUGGGAGACGGUGCGCAUGCUGCGCCUGGACCCGGACCGCGGCAAGCGCAAGAUCAUGUACCAGCUCGUGGCCAUCAACCUGAUCAUCAUCUUCUUGGACCUGGCGCUGCUGGUCAUCGAGUACCGCGACCUCUACAUCAUGGAGACCAUGAUCAAGGGCGUCAUCUACAGCGUCAAGCUGAAGCUCGAGUUCGCCGUCCUCGGCAAGCUCGUCCUGCUGGUCCGGGGCCAUCACGUCUGGAAAUGCGACUCCGCCCUCGCCGUCAGCAGCCCGCCGCCGCCGCCGACCGCCGUCGGCGACGAGCAGCAACCCACACGGACCCUGGCCGAUUACCCGGAUUUCGUCGACGCCACCCGCGUCACGUCGGACCUGACGCACCCGGGCACGCACGCGCCCCUCGCGACCCGCCGCCGCUCGCACCCCUGGAUGGACAGCGAGGACGUCUCGAUCGCCAUGUUCGAGCACGCGACCUGCACGACCACGCGCAGCAGCACGACGCAGCGGAGUCUCAGCGGGCGCCGCCGCCUCGACCAUCCGCGCACGGGCCAUUCGGAUGUCUCGCACUCGUGGAGCGGCGAGACGCAGACCAGCCACUCGUUCCUGUCGGCCACGGGCCAGGAGCGGGAACUGCGCCCGGCCGACUUUACAGGAAACUGGGGGAAACCCGGGGGGAGUUUCUAG